CAUGGCGGGUGUUUUAGAGGGUGAUUCUUCUCAAGGGAAGAAAAUCAAGAUCAUGACAUGGAAUAUCAAUGGUAUUAGAGCAGUUACACGAGGAAAGAGUCUAAAGACCUUCUUGGAUGAGUUGGACAUGGAUAUAGUAUGCUUUCAGGAGACCAAAAUUACAAGGGACAUGCUAGAAGAAUCAAUAUGUAUUGUGGAAGGAUAUAAUGCUUAUUUCAGCUUUUCAAGGGUGAAGACAGGCUAUUCAGGAGUUGCAACAUUUUGCCGAUACUCMACAACACCUUGUUCUGCAGAAGAGGGUUUGACAUCCACAUUGACUAAUGAACCAACCAUUGGUUGCUAUGGCAACACUAAAGAGUUUACAAGUGAUCAGCUGAGUUGCCUAGACAAGGAAGGACGGACAAUAUUAACAGAACAUCAGCUAGACAACAAAGAAAAGCUUGUWAUUAUUAAUACCUAUUGUCCAAGGGCUGAUUCUGACAAUGAAGAGAGGAUGGACUUUAAGAUGCAGUAUUAUAAACUUCUACAAAUACGUGUUGAGGCUCUGAUUGAAUCAGGCAGACACGUCAUAGUACUUGGAGAUCUCAAUUUGACACACAAACCCAUUGACAACUGCGACCCUGGUGAUCUGAAAAUCUUUAACGCUCAUCCAAGCAGAGUAUGGAUGAACCAGUUUGUGAAGGAAAUUACACUAAGCRAUAAAAGAAUAGUUCACAAAGAGACUUCUGAGUGCACACAGACAAUAAAUCUAGAAAAACACGCUAUAAAGACUGAAGAAAAACCCGAUAGGCAAGCAAAACAAGUUUCACUGGAGGGAACACUGGUAGAUUCGUUUCGAUACAUUCAUCCUAACCAAAGAGAUGCCUAUACAAACUGGUGCACGUCAACUGGAGCCAGACAAACAAACUAUGGAAGAAGACUCGAUUAUAUUUUAGCAGAUAUCCUGUUAAUAAAACAGAAAUUUCUCGACGUUAUAAUUCGUCGCGAAGUGGAAGGGUCCGACCACUGCCCUGUGGUCGCUUUAUUAAGUGGUCAGUUCAUUCCCGCCCAGCGACCGCCUGGCUUAUGCACGAGAUUUAUGCCUGAGUUUUCUGGAAAGCAACAAAAGCUGGCGUCUUAUUUCAACAAGAAAGUUGUUGUACAGCCUUUGAAAGAACAAAGGCUGAGAGAAGAAGAAAAAGAAACUAAACUAGUAACAACUAAAGUUAAGAGAGCGAACAACUUCGGUGGAAAUCCUCAAGCAAAGCGUGUCAAAUCUCAACCACGUCAACAGAACAGUCUUCUUCAGUUCUUUGGUAAAAAGUCAAAUCCGAUAAGCAGCAAUUUCAAUUAUAGCGAGCAAGAAAGUGAUUCCUUACCAAACAGUCCGCAGUCAACCGCAUCGAUGAACAGUAGUGAUUCACAGCGUACUUCUCGAGAGUCAUCUCCUUCGGCUUUUCCCAACUCUACGGAAAACGGUCUUCCAACAUCCGAAAUAUCCCCAAAAUCCGUCAAUCGAAAAGCCGAGGUUUCUCUCUGGAAAAAUAUCCUAAAGGGACCACCACCCGCGCCAUUAUGUCCAGGACAUGAAGAACCUUGUGUUUUAAGGACUGUCAAGAAAAAGGGUCCUAAUUUCGGACGUCAGUUCUUCUGUUGUGCAAGGCCCGAGGGACAUGUUACUAAUAAAGAUGCCCGUUGYAAGUUUUUCAAAUGGACGAAGUAGCGAUGUAAAGAAGCAAAAGAUGAUUUCUUUGGUUAAUUUGUAAUAUAAUUAUACCCAUCUUAUUUAUGACAAAAGUGUAUUUAUCAAAAAGAAUCAAAGUAAUUUUCCAUCCA